AUGGUCGCUGAUCAUGUUUUUCCCUCGUUAAAGAAGUAUACUAUCCAUAUAUCAAUGAGGAGAUUUUAUCAGCGAGGUCCCGAACCACGUACUCACCUUCUAGAAAUGUCCCAAAUAUCCCAAGGCUCAUGGGGUGAAGUUGACAGCAUGAGUUCGGGACUCUUUAGCAUGAUGAAUAUCGGUAUCCAAACAAUACAACCGAAAUGUAUCGCUGGCCAUCCCGAAGUCGAAUUUAGAGUGGGAUACCAGAUCAGUGGAUCUCCUUUUUGGGAAUGUUGA